UUGAAUUUUCUUUUUUUUUCUUUAUUCGCAAAAAUUGCUUAUUUUCUGUUUUGUUUGUCGGCAACAGUAUGCAUUGACCGCUCCGUCUGCUCACGUACGCUCUCUGAUACUGAAUAAUGUUGUCAUUGGGAGAAUCUCAGCUAUCGCCACCCCCUUAGCAGGGCCCCCAGCGUAUGCCAGCGUUGUUGUAGCAGUGAGAGUUCAGUCGGGCCGGGGAGAGGAAUUCGGAGAGAUGCUGCUGUCUGUGACGGCGCGGCUACAGCAACCCUAGGAAAACGACACGGCAAUAACUCAUACGCUAUGGAUAAUAAUGACCCUUAUCUACACCUCAGGUCGGUCUGCAGGAGGUGCGGGGUGUUUUGAGGGGCCUCUCUUGCCAUGUGGCACCCUGGUGACUCCCCCGGCGGCAGCAGUCCCGCUGAAGAUGCCAGCAGCUACAGACACUACUCCUCCAUUCCCAUGAGCUCGCCCCCCUCCCAGCCUCAGAUGAACUCCAUGGUGGGACACCCCUCCGUCAUCAGCACUUCAAUCAACCCCUCGCGCCCCCUCCCCUCCCCCAUGAGCACAAUGGGCUCCCCCAUGAACGGGCUGGCGUCGCCCUACUCCGUCAUCACGUCCUCGCUGGGGUCUCCCUCCGUGUCCCUGCCCUCCACGCCCGGAAUCAACUUCGGAGCGUUGAACAGUCCACAGAUGAAUUCUCUGAACAGUGUGAGCAGCACAGAGGACAUCAAACCUCCGCCUGGACUCACAGGCCUGGGAAACAUGAGCAACUACCAGUGCACCAGCCCAGGGUCCCUGUCCAAACACAUCUGCGCCAUCUGUGGGGAUCGCUCCUCAGGGAAGCACUAUGGCGUGUACAGCUGUGAGGGCUGCAAAGGGUUCUUCAAGAGGACCAUCAGAAAAGACCUCACCUACACGUGUCGGGACAGCAAGGAAUGCCUCAUCGACAAGCGGCAGCGCAACCGGUGCCAGUACUGCCGAUACCAGAAGUGUCUGGCCAUGGGGAUGAAGAGAGAAGCGGUGCAGGAGGAGAGACAGCGAGGGAAGGAGAGGAGCGAAAACGAGGUGGAGUCCACCAGCAGCUUUAACGAGGACAUGCCGGUGGACAAGAUCCUGGACGCAGAGCUGGCCGUCGAGCCCAAGACGGAGACCUACGUGGACGGCAGUCCUGGCAACUCGUCUAACGACCCCGUCACCAACAUUUGCCAAGCAGCAGACAAGCAGCUCUUCACCCUGGUGGAGUGGGCAAAGAGGAUCCCGCAUUUCUCUGAGCUGCCGCUGGACGAUCAGGUCAUACUUCUACGGGCAGGCUGGAAUGAGCUGCUCAUCGCCUCGUUCUCGCACCGCUCGGUCACUGUGAAAGACGGGAUCCUCCUGGCCACUGGCCUGCACGUCCACCGCAGCAGCGCCCAUAGUGCGGGCGUGGGCUCCAUCUUCGACAGAGUCCUAACAGAACUGGUGUCUAAGAUGAAAGACAUGCAAAUGGAUAAGACAGAGCUGGGCUGUCUCCGGGCCAUCGUCCUCUUCAACCCAGAUGCAAAGGGCUUGUCGAAUCCAGCCGAGGUGGAGGGCCUGAGGGAGAAAGUAUAUGCAUCCCUGGAGUCUUACACCAAACAGAAAUACCCUGAACAACCUGGCAGAUUUGCCAAACUAUUGCUCCGCCUUCCAGCCCUCCGCUCCAUUGGGUUGAAGUGUCUAGAGCACCUCUUCUUCUUCAAGUUGAUCGGAGACACGCCCAUCGACACCUUCCUCAUGGAAAUGCUGGAGGCUCCACACCAGAUCACAUGACACAAACUAGCUUUCUUUGUAAAUAAUCCCAGACCCAUGUAAUUGAUAUGAAGCUAAACAAGGUUAAGUUGUAAACUAAAUAUUUUGUACCAAGCACAAUUAUUAAUGUGAAAAUUUGUAUGGGGGGGAGUUUAAAAGUACACUGUCAAAAUGAAUUUAAUAGAAAUGUAAAAGAUUUUUUUUUUCUUUUUUUCUGUAAAUAGAUCAUUCCAGAUAUUCAAUUUAACAGCUACCUAAUGCAAGAUAAAACUCUAAUU